CUUUUUUUUUGGUUGUCAUUUCUAAGCACAUGUUUUGGCCUGUUGAUUUUGCGUAGAGAAAAUGCCAUUUUACAUUCACAACUACUGCAUACGUUGCAGCUUCGCUGUUAAGAAUUCGUGAUCUGAUAAGCCAGAAGUAUGAAAGUAAAUUGUAUUGAUUGCUACGUUCUUGAAGCCUCAUAGCAAAAGUAAAUUGCUAAUGCUGAACUUGCUUUAAUUCGUUUGGUAAAAUAGAAAACGAAACAUUCUCAAGUGGUAUAUUUGUGUGCCAAACAUAUGUUGUUAUUUUCCGAGCUAGGACUCGAUAUUCGGUGGAAUACAGAUAUAUGUAAAAAAUGAUUGUUGUUGAGUUUCUCUAUAUGAUCGUGUUGUUGAUUCCCACUAAAGGAAAAAAAUGUAUUUAGGUUUAAAGUGCAACAAACUAUUUGCUGCUAACGAAGAUUUAAUGGUUUUGACCAUAUGUUUAUGCUUAGUUGAAUUGUAGAGCAAGUUUAAUGUUGAUGCUGCUGUUUGACUAACAUUUGGCUGGUAUAAGUAAUGGCAUUGAAAGAGGGGGAACAUGAUGGUCCUAGAGAGUUGGAAAUUUUCUCUGAUGAGCAAGUUGAGGAGGUAAUGGAAUCACUUGAGCACUUUAAAGGGAAAAUUGAGCAACUUCAAGCAUAUUGUGAACAAGUAAACCAGAGUAGAAUGAAAGCCAAAGAGGAACUUAUUGAAGAGAAAAAGAAACAUAACCAGGAACUUGCUAAGCGUGAAGAAGAAAUGAAUCUGUUGAGAAAUGCCAACAUAGAGUUGAUGUCUAACAAAGUGGCUUCUCCAGAAAAGAGAGGUAAUUUUUCUGUGGCUGUACUCAAGUGUGCAAUUGAUGCUGAAAGUGCUGAGGCAAGAAUACAAGAUUUGACAUCAAAGGUGCGCUGUUUAGAACUAACUUUGGCAGAGAAAGACAAGCAUGUCUCACUUAUGGAGUGGCAAAUUAUGAAUCUAGAGGCAACAGUUGCUACAUUGCAGGCAGAGCGUGAUCAAUUGAUCUUGGAGUUGGACUUAAAUAAUCCCAAUGAAAGUCAUAUCCAAAAUGAAGACAUUGAUCACACUCAUUUUCAAGAUGACUUUCAAAAUAAACAGAUAUCUUCCCAAGCACUUUAUUGCAACAGAAACCAUAAUGGGACUGUAAAUGAAAGAAAUGAAAAUUUAUCGUUGAGACAAAUGCUGAGCAUGUCUGCUGAAUGGAUUGUGAAUAAAGGUCCCAUUUCACAUGCUCACAGACAUCCACUGCGCACCUUUAGUGGGAGUAUAAAACGUGAUGGUCGUGGCAAAGACUUUUCCCAUUCUAAUGCCACUCAUAGUCUCGAGGAUUUUGAAGAUUUUAAUGAGGUCGACAAUGGUUUGGGUCUGGGAAAGCUCACGAGGACCACAAAUUUCUGUGAUAUAUUGGACGCUGAUGAAUAUAGCAAUUUCCAUGUUUCCGAUACUCGCUUGAGCAAUGCUGACUCUGUUUUAGAGGUUCUUGGCGAAGAAAAUGGAUCUGCUCUUCAACCACUUUCUAAGAAAUGGGCAACGUUCGAGAGUGGCCUGGCAAACUCCCUUGAGGAAGACACCUUUGACAAAAGCAUUGUGUCAGAAAUCUCGCUUACAUCUCCAAGAGGAAUUGAUAGCUCACUUCUCCAACCAAGGGACAGGGAAUCUCUUGACAGUUCCACGAGCGAUUUUAGUUCAGCUUUUCACUCCAGUCAAGAUUUUAUGGUGAGUUCAACUGAGGAAGCAUGGGGAGAAGUAAGAGGCAAUCUUCCUCCUCAUGAAGUGAAGAAAGUCAUGUCGAAAACGGAGAUGUCAAAAAGUGAUAGUUGCAUUUUGACUACUAGAGCCAAAUCGCCAGUGUCUGUCAAGAAAGAGGACAUCUGGAAUUUUACACCUGAUAGUGUUGUCAAUGUUUCAACAGGUGAAAAUUUAAUGGAAAAGUCGUCUCUUCAAUCGGUUGGUAGAUCUCGUUUGUUUACUACAAGUAUCGAGAUCUUGAUGAACAACUCUACAGUUGAUGGAACGCCAAGUGAGGAUGUUCUACAUGUAGAGGAUGGUUGUGGACAAGCUGCGUGUACUGUCAAUGAGAAUGUGAAGAAAGAAGGGAUUAUAGAGGAUAAUGAAGAAUCUCGGAAAAUUGAAAACGUUAUAUUAAGACAUGAAUUAAAUGAGGGGACUACCUCUCAUGUGAAGCCUCUUGGCAAAUCAAAUUCUGCCUGUGAUAGGUCCUCUUCCAAGGAGGAAUUGCUUGAAGGAAAGCAUGAAAAAAGUUUAAGUGAUCCUAUUAAGAAACCCGAUCAGAAACGUGGAGUACGGAAAUUAAAAGAGUAUCAGAAAUGGCAAAAGCAUGGAAGACGUGGAAAGCCUCCUGGCGACUUGAAAAUUUCUGAUUGCUGAAUUGGAUGAAAUUCCAUGGAUAACAACAAGCUAACGAAUCUCACUAUAAAUACGGAUCAAUACUGAUGUGUUGCGUUUAUAUACUUAGUGAAGAGUUAUGUCGUAUAGAAAAUAUCAAAUUUUGUACAUAAGUAGCCGAUUUCUAGAGAUUUCGAUAAAAUCGUACAAUGGCGAGAAAUUUCGUAUGUAAAUAUUGUUAUCUCUUUAAUGUUAGGAUCAGCUUAGCUGAAACACAGGAAUAAAAUAAAAUAUCCUUUAAAUACGAUA